AUGUUUUAAAAGGAAUAAAGAAAUACUACUAAUUCUGGAUAUUAGAGUACUUCAAAUGCAUAUGUUUUGGCCAUGAAGGCACUUCAAGAGAAAAUAAAAGUAAUGGAAACAUAAAGAAAUGAUUUAUAGCCUUCUAAUAAACUAAAGAUUAAAGAUGAUGAAAGUUUGAUUUAGUAAAUACAGGAAUUGAAAAAUUAAAAUGAAACAUUAUCUAUGUAACUAUAAAGACAAUAAAAUGAUAAAGAAAAUAUUAAUAAUUAUAUAUUAUAAAUUGAAGCUUUGUAAAAGGAGAGAUUAAUAUAAUUGAAAGAAUAUCAAGAUCGUAUUGCAGAUCUUAUUCAAAAAAUAGAAGAUGGUAAGAAGUAAAGAUAUGAGAUGUAAAAUUUAAUAGAUUAAUUGUAAAAGUAAUUAGAAUAGUAUAAAAUAAAUGAGCGAGGAUUUAUUCAGAAAUUGGAUCAACUUAAAUUAGAUGAGAAUUAAAAAUAAAUUGAUUAAAUAUAGGAUUUAAGACAUAGAGUGGAAUAAGGACAAUCAUAUGCAAAAAAACUUGAAAAGAGAUACGAGAAAUUAUAAAAUGAGAAAAAUUAAUUGGAAUCAAAUUAUAUAGAUUAUAAAGAGAGAUGUCCUUUGUUUAAAUUGCAAGAGUAUGAAAAAUAAAUUUAGAUGUAUAGAGGAUAAUUGGAAGAAAAGGAAAGGACAUAUUUAAGAAUAAUGGAAGAAAUAUAGAAUUAACGUUAAUCAACAGAGGAUUAAUUAACUAGAAGAAUAUAAGAUUUAUUAAAUAAGAGUAAUGAAUAUUAAUCUACAAUACAUAAAUUAACUAUUGAAUUAAAAGAUUUAAAUUUAAAGUAUCAAUAAUUAUAAUUGAGAAUGGAAUAUGAAGAAAAAAAUAAUAAAUUUAAUCGUAAAAAGAUGAAAAAUAUAUCAUCUUUUGAUGAUCCAGAUCUAGAUAUUCCAAUCAAUAAUCCUGUUCAAUAUUAUAUAACAAAUCAAAAUAAAAAAGUUGCAAAAUUAAAUUUUGAAUAUUUAUAACCUUAAUUGUCUAGUACUCAAUUUGAAUAAAAUUUAGUCAAAUCAAAUCAUUUAUUAAAACAAGUAAUUAAGGAUUGUUUGGAAGAUAUGAAAUAGACAAUUCCAUAUAAAUCAGAACUUCAUUAAUAAGGGGAUUAAAGUUUAUAAUAGUUUUCAAAAAAGAAAUUAUUAUCACCUCCUAUGACUGCAAGAAAUAAUGAAUCUGAAUAUUAACUGAAAUAAUUGAAUAAUCGUUAUGAAUAAUUAAUAAGAUAAGCUCACUAAGAAUCAGAUUUUAAGCAAAAAGCCUAAAUUAGAAAAGAAUUAUUAGAUAUUGCUGAACAAAUAAAAGAGUUAAAUAGAAAAUGA